UUUUUUAGAGUUGUCCCUCGCGAUUUCCGUGCAGCACCUUCGAUCCGGUCCCAAUAUCCGCCGAGCGACUUGCCGUGUUGCCCUUGCACCAAUACCCUUUUUAAACUUGCAUUUCGUCAUAUCUCACUGACCUCUUUCAUUUGUCUGGCACAAUGGCUGAGCUCGAUAUAGAGAAGAAGGCCAGCGUGAGGCCCACAAACAGCAACGAGAAUGCCUCCGGAGCUGAGAACACCGAUGCGUCGAAGUUGGCUGAGAUGGGUUACACCCAGGACUUGAAGCGCAAUUUCAACGUGAUUUCUCUCAUUGGUAUUGCAUUUUGUAUGUCCAACUCAUGGUUCGGUAUCUCAGCCUCUUUGAUCACCGGUAUCAGCUCUGGAGGAACUGUCCUUAUCGUUUACGGUCUUCUCUGGAUUACCUUUAUUUCACUUUGUGUUGCCUCUUCGCUGUCGGAGCUUGCCAGUGCCAUGCCGAACGCUGGUGGACAAUAUUUCUGGACCAAUGAACUCGCCCCCAGGAAAUACGCCCGCUUUAUCUCCUACCUGACCGGUUGGUUUGGAUACGCGGGUGCCAUUUUUGCCUGCGCCAGUGUCGCUCUCAGUCUUGGGUCCGCUGGUGUGGGAAUGUGGCAGCUGGGUCAUCCUGAUUUUGUUAUCGAGCCGUGGCACACUGUGGUUGCAUAUGAACUCAUCAACUUUUUCUGCUUCCUCUUCAACUGCGUUGGUAAAUCGUUACCUGCAGUUGCAAAGGCCACUCUUUACAUCUCGCUGGUCUCCUUCGUUGUGAUCCUGAUCGCGGUUCCUGCCUGCGCUCGCCCCCAUGCAAGUGCAUCCUAUGUGUUCGGUCACUUCGUCAACUCGACUGGCUGGAAGUCCGAUGGAAUCGCCUUCAUUGUCGGUCUGAUCAAUCCCAACUGGAUCUUCGCCUGUUUGGACUCCGCCACCCACUUGGCCGAGGAGGUGCCUCAGCCGGAGAGAAACAUCCCUAUCGCCAUCAUGGCUACUGUUGCUAUCGGUUUCACCACCUCUUGGUUCUACUGCCUUGCCAUGUUCUUCAGUUUGAAGGAUCUGAACUCGCUGUUGAACACCUCCACUGGCGUCCCAAUUUUGGAGCUCUACUACCAGGCCCUGCAAAAUAAAGCCGGUGCUAUCGUUUUGGAGACACUGCUGUUGGUGACUGGGAUGGGAUGUCUGAUUGCCUGCCACACCUGGCAAUCGCGUCUUGUCUGGGCUUUCGCUCGUGACCGCGGUGUUCCCGGACACCAGUGGGUGUCGCAGGUCAACCACACUCUGGAUGUUCCCCUGGUCUCUCACGUCGUUAGCUCUGUGAUUGUCGGUCUCCUUGGUCUCCUCUACCUUGGAUCUUCCACUGCCUUCAACAGUAUGGUGACAGCCUGUAUCACUCUUCUGUACGUUUCGUACACCCUGCCCAUCCUCUGUCUCUGGCACCGUGGCCGCAACAACAUCCAGCACGGUCCAUUCUGGCUCGGAAAGCUGGGUCUUUUCGCCAACAUCGUGACCUUGUGCUGGACCAUUUUCUGCAUGAUCAUGUAUUCUUUCCCAUCCACCAUGCCGGUCAAGACAAGCAAUAUGAACUAUGUCUCUGCCGUGUACGGUGUUGUCGUCUUCAUCAUUAUCAUCGACUGGUUCGCUCGUGGAAGACGCUCAUUCCAAAGAAGUCGCAGCUACGAGGAGGAAGUCACAAGCUCCGAGUAAGGUCGAACUUUGAACUGGGAGGUGCCUUGGUUUCAUUUCUCCUGUAUUAUUUUGAACAUUUUGCAUAAGUUUUUGUCUGAAACUUGAAAAACAUUGCUG